AUGAAUUGCCCAUCUCGGACUGAUGACACAUUACUGCACGAUGGGUGGAAUCAGAGCCCGAACUUCCUUUCUCCGGACCUGACUACCCGCCAAGACCUCAAUGGCAUCGCAAACACCCGGGAGAACAAAGGCGACGAUUCUGGCCCAGGCACUCUGGGGGGAAGCUCUAAUUGGAAGGGCAUUCCUCCGCUAGAGGAAAAGGAGGCAGGGAAUCACCUUGGCCCGGGGUGCGAGACGUCCCUGACAAUGUCAGAACGUCUCGCUCCCCCAAAUACUAACCGUGGAAUUGGUCACAAAGUACUUGAUCCAAGUCGUAAUGUUUUCCUACCAUAUCAGAGCAUCAAGGACUGGGCGUUGUGGCUCGUCUCCGUGCUCCUUGUCUCGGCAGUCAUAUCCUUCGACAGUCUGAAGCGGGAUUUCAGAUCUAAACAACCUCUCAUGCUGGAAGCACCUGCUAUUCAGCAGUACACAUUGCCAGUCAAACGAUCAAGUUGUGCUCAAGGAGGUACCCGUGGUGCCUACGACCUGCCUCUGCACGUUGCAGCCCUCUUCAUCAUCUUGGCCACUUCCAGCAUUGCAUGCGCAUUCCCCAUCCUUGCCACUAGAUUCCCAAGAAUGCAUAUCCCGCCCGCGUUCCUUUUUUUCGUCACCCAUUUUGGAACUGGUGUCCUCAUCGCCACAGCAUUUGUGCAUCUCCUUCCAACGGCGUUUACUUCGCUAGGAGACCCAUGUCUAUCUGAUUUCUGGACAAACGACUACCCAGCCAUGCCGGGUGCUAUUGCCAUGGGUGGUAUAUUUCUCGUUACGGUCAUCGAAAUGGCAUUCAGUCCAGCCCAGAGUAUCUGCCGUGGAGAAAACCAGGUCCCAGCGGAAAAGCCAGCUUCCUGCACUGCGGAUGUGAUGACAACUCCAAUUCCAACCCUUGAUGUCCAUGGAUAUCCCGACCAGGCUAGAGUGCCGAGCUCACAUUCCGUUGGGAUGGAUGGCCGAUCUCAUUUGCGAGACAAGGGUCCGCUAUUUGGAAGGUCCGCGAGUAUCAGCCGAGCCAUCAAUCGUAUGAGCGAAGGAACUGAAGAUAUACUUCGAAUUGCAUCUGCAUCUGAUGUCAGAACUCAUCACGAGAAGAAAAACGGAGCUAUUCAGACAGACGUGGAGCAUCAUGACGAUACAUUCGCCUUAACCCCUGGGCAGAAGCAGAAGAAAGAGACCAUGCAGGUCUACCUUCUUGAAAUGGGUAUUCUUUUCCAUAGCGUUUUUAUCGGCAUGUCACUCAGUGUAUCUGUUGGCAGUGAAUUUGUAAUUCUCCUGAUUGCCAUUGUCUUCCAUCAAACAUUUGAAGGUCUGGCUCUUGGGUCCCGUAUUGCCUCACUUCCCUGGUCAGAAAAGCAACUCCAGCCUUGGAUCAUGUCCCUUGCGUACGGAUGCACAACACCAAUUGGGCAGGCUAUUGGCCUCGCAACCCAUACACUCUACAGCCCCGACUCGGAGGUUGGUCUGCUCGUUGUCGGCGUCAUGAAUGCCAUAUCAGCUGGACUAUUGAUUUUUGCCUCGCUCGUGGAGUUAAUGUCGGAAGACUUUCUCAGUGAUGAGAGCUGGCGCAUUCUUCGUGGGAAGAGAAGGGUUUUUGCCUGCAUCCUGGUGUUUCUAGGUGCUUUCUGCAUGAGCAUCGUCGGCGCCUGGGCCUAA